GAGGAUAAUUUAUACGAUGUCGAUAUUUUGCACUUUUGAAGUAACGACUAUUGAUGCAUAAAUUUCUACCAAUGGAAAUGUCAGCAAUAAUAAACGAGAAUAAACACUCGUAUUGGUUUCACUAACGAUUUUAACAUUUGAACAAGAUACGCACGCUGAAAAUACAUUGGGUUAUACUAAAAAAGAGCAUACGGAUUAAACUUUGGAGACAAUUUUAUUUUUAUCACUUGUUUUUUUUUUGCAAUUUUCGGUAAUUGUGAAAUAUGACGCGUGUUAAAAUCAAUUUGUCUGGAACUCAUUUUGAAUUUGAUCGUGAAAUUUUAGAAAAUAGAGAAAGAAGCAGACUCGUUGAAAUGUGUGAUGAGGCUGACAAAAAUGCUGCGCCAAUGGAGUUUUUUGUUAACCGACCUUCGGAUUGCUUUGUAGCAGUACUAAGUUUUUACCAGACUGGCGAAUUGCAUAUGCCAGCAACGGUGUGUCCAAAAGCGUUCAAAAAGGAGCUGAUAUACUGGGGAGUCUCAGAAACAGAAUUAGACAAGUGCUGCCGAUACAGAUACUUUUCAUUUUUCGAUACUCUUGAUACGCAUGAAAAGUUUCGCCAGGCGACGUACAAUCAGGCAAUAAGUGAUGGUAUGCAUAUACCUCCUGAUAAAGGGAGAAAGAUAAAGUGUUUAAGACGUAAAUUGUGGCGAGUGAUCGAUUUCAAAGAAAGAACUGUAAUAGCAAAGAUAUACCUCACUCUGGUGUUCACCAUGGUACUUGUUUCUAUAAUGACACUUGGUUUUAGUACAGUACCGGCCUUCCAGCGAAAGUUGAGUAAGUGCGAGCUUCUAGAGUUCCUUGAACACUCUGAACAUCAAUAUGCCGAAGAAGCCAAGACUAAACUAGGCGACCCUGAUUGUUCGGAAUCUGUCUACAAAGACAAUAGCGAUUUAGUAGACGACAAACUGUCAUGGGAACAGACUAAUGAAAUUUAUGUUGAUGGGAAACUAACAACAUAUAGAACAAACGUGACGCUACCGUCUAAGAGGGUACCGUACUUCGUCUUUGACGUUCUGGAGUUGAUUACAUCCGCUUUCUUCACCACAGAUUUGUUACUCCGACUGGUAACGUGUCCUUCCCUCAAAAUUUUCAUUCAGUCAAUAACAAAUCUUAUUGACAUCUUGGCAGUUGCAGGUUUCUAUGUCCACCUCACUGUGAUCAAUAUUGAAAGGGAGCACAGAUAUAGCAUAAGUUGGAUACGAUUCAUUAACUAUCUACAAAUUUUCCGGGUAAUGAGGCUUUUCCGUAUUGUGAGGAAUGUACGUGCCAGCCGUGUACUUACAUUCUCUUUACGUCAAAAUGGACGGGAUAUGACAUUGCUUGUUUUACUGGUAAUGAUUGAAGUGAGUACGGCGGCGUGUUUGAUUUACUUUAUAGAGGAUAGAGAAACUAUAGACUCUAUACCUGAGGCCUGGUACUGGGCAAUAAUAACCCUAACAACAGUAGGGUAUGGUGAUAUAACAAUAAAAACUGGAGCCGGUCGUGUUGUUGCAGCAAUUUUGGCAAUAUGUGCAGUUAUUUUCCUGGCAAUUACUCUUCCUAUGUUUGUUAAUAAUUUUCUUAUGUUAUACCAAUUUUCUUGUGUUGAAGACAAUAUACAAAGCCGAACAAAAAAUAAAAAGAAAGACCCUUCUCAAAUUAUGCCUGUACCUAAUAUACCAACGAAAGACUUUUGAAUGUCACAUCAGUUGUGAACAAAUAUGAAACAAUUCGUUUUUAUGCUAAACAAUAUAUGUUAGCAGAACAAAGAAAAACUAAGAAAUAUGACACGGUAGUUUUAUGCAAAUGAAUGGAAAAAACGGCCUUAAGUACUUGUGCAGAUGUUCUAUGAACAUUGUUUUGAUCUGUGUAAAUAAUGCUGUUGUAUUUUGAUUUUUAAGUUGCUAUCACCUUAUUGUUGAUAAAGUAUGUAACCGCCGGUGUCAAGUGUUGUGCGGCAGCUUUGAAAUGUUGCUGAUAAUCCAUUUGUUCGGCUUCCUUUGCAAUAAUGGAUUGCAGUUUAAGCUUGAACGAGGGCGUAAGAGAUGAUUGUCCAAAACCUCUUACAGACAAAAGUGUUAGAUCAAGUGUGCUUUUGGUACCUAUCUAUUAGUCUUUUUACCUCGCUGUACCUCCCAUAUACACCAUUCUUAUUUAUUAUAACAAAUAUAAAAUGGAAAAAUAAUUUUACUAAUUUAGUUUAGAAUUCUACGGUUUUUGAAGGUCUUUUUGCAAUUCAAAAGUUUGUUUUGAUAUUAAAUGCAUUAGCUUUUAUUGUCAGUGUACGGUGGCGCAAAGGUGACAUGUGUGUGUUUUUAUUUAUCUCGUGGCCACGAGAUAGCUAUGUCGUGGCCACGAGUUACUUAGUCGUGGCCACGAGAUACUAUGUCGAGGCCACGAGUGAAUAAGUCGUGGCCACGAAAUAGCUAAGUCGUGGCCACGUGAAAAUUAACCAAUCAGAAUACACUACAUAUAUACUACAUGCAACAUUUAUCUUUGAAAAUACUGAAGAUAUUCACAGUGACUUUGAACUUGUCUUUGGAAUCAUAUUAGAAUGUCACUUUCCAAUACCAAUCAGACAAUAAUUUUGACUAUAGCUCUUUGUUGGGACAAUAUUGUCAGUUUGUACGUAUGACGGCUUGUUAACCUUGUUUACACGAUAACAUGAGGAGAAGGAAUAAGUCCUGGUUUAUUUUAUUUUUUAGGGACAUAAGAUAGCCUAUAAGGUAAAAUCCUUGUCUGAUGAAUAAUUUAGAAGGAAUAAGCCAUGGUUUAUAUAACCCAGAAAGAUCAUUGCACCUGAUCAGUAGAUGACAUCUAAUAAUUUCAAGGUCAUUGGGUCAAAAAUCAGGGUCACAGUGACGUUAAAUUUAAAAUAAUUGACAAGUCAAUAAGUUGUAUAAAUGGCACUUUUACAGGCAGGUGACGUAGGGGCAUCCUUGUACUAUAGCACAUGUCUAGUUAAUUAGGGAAAUUCACAUAAAUGGUGUAAUCCGAUUGGUUAUUUAUCUCGUGGCCACGACUUAGCUAUCUCGUGGCCACGACUUACUAACUCGUGGCCACGACAUAGUAUCUUGUGGCCAUGACUUAGUAACUCGUUGCCACGACAUAGUAUCUCGUGGCCACGACUAAGUUAUCUCGUGGCUACGACUUAGUAACUCGUGGCCACUACUUAGUAACUCGUGGCCACGACAAAGUAUCUCGUGGCCACGACAUAGCUUUCUCGUGGCCACGACUUAGUAACUCGUAGCCGCGACAUACUAUCUCGUGGCCUAGACAUAGUAUCAUGUUGCCACGACUAAGCUAUCUCGUAGCCACGACUUAGUAACUCUUGGCCACGACAUAGUAUCUCGUGGCCACGAGAUAAAUAAAAACACACUCAUGUCACCUUUGUGCCACCGUAUAAGUGUUAUAGAGUAGGUAUCUUGUAGUAAGUGUCUAAGUGAUUUGUUACUAAUCUUCAGGGGCCUGUAUCCCAUUUUUUGAAAAUUAUCAAUAAAACUUUUAAAUACAGGAUAUUUGUUUAGUUCAGUGUAAGAUCGGAAUAUAUUUCACCUAGUGAGCAUCAAAAGGUAUAUUUCACGAGUGGUUCCCAGUACUGUGCACGCUAGUAUUUCACUGAAACAACGUACGGGGCUUAAAUUCAAAAAAGUGAAAUUAUCAAAUUGAUAAUUUCACCGUUUAAAACAGUGAAAUUACCAGUUUUAUAUCACUAAUAUAUUUCUAUUAACCACCGAAAAACAUGUAAUAAAAUUGUAUCUUUUUACAUGGUCCAUUGCCGUUUGAUUUGUGGAUAUCGAUAUAAUAUAACGUUAACAAAUAUCUUUCUACUUAGUUUCUUACAUAUUUAAGUGUAUUUAUGUUUUUACUUGUCAUCAAUAAUUCUCGGCACGUGAACAAAUCUCGUUCUACUGUGAACAUGUAUAUAAGUAUUUUUUAUGCAAUUAUGUCGUAACCUUUGUUUAUAUUUGACAACAAUACUUCUCGACAACGCUAACAAAUAUUUUUUUUCUUCUUCGUUUAAGUACAUUUGUUUCUUACAUGUAUAAGUAUUUCUUAUGCAAACUCUGUUACAUAUAUCAUAACAUUUGUUCAUACUGGUUAACAAUACUUCUCGGCUAAUUGUAACUUGUAACACUUUACACUAUACAGAAUAUGAUUUGACUAUAUAUUGUAUGUUUACAAUUUUAUGUUAAAUAAACAAAUUAUGUUAUGUUAUGUUAUUAUGUAUAGGUUAAAGUUUAUGAGUACGUACUUUCAAAAUUAAAUUGGUCAGGCGCGGCACACGCAUUUGACAAAAAUUAAUUUCCAACACUAAAUAUAAUUACAAUUCAUGUAACUCCAUAAUCUCCAGUCUACAUUUCAUAUUGCCACACGACUGUGUGUUUAUUUGUCAAAUAAAACAAUAUAUUGGAAAUAUUAUGUUUCAGAAGAGUUAGUUUAACUUUCUAAAUUUCUUUGUAAGUAAUAAAUUUAAGUCAGUAGAAUAAUGCAUUGUUACACUUAUUACCAGUUUGAUAACUAUUGGCAGUUUCCACAUGACCAUUGAUGUGUUUAGCUGUACUAUAGAUAUAUCUUGGAUAUAUCUUGCUCCACACCUAUGAGUCACACAAACUUCUUACAAAUAUAUGCCGACUGACUUCGUCGAUAUCAGUAUGAAAAGACAUUUUCUGAAUGUCAAUUUUAUAUAUUGUAGAAUUUAACAUUUACGAUUACUUCCACACAACCAUCUACAGUCUUAAUGUAUAAUCCUUUUUAGUAUUAUAACUUGUAAAGGUUCUUCAUAUUUUAUCAUGUAAAUGAAACACACACCCUUAUUAAAUAAAGUUUUUCACAU